AUGAAACAUCUUUUGUUAUUCUAUUUUACUAUUUGUUUUGCUGCUUCAUAGGACUUGAAUAUAAAAUUACCAUCUUAGAUGAAGCUACUAUAAAAGCUAAGAGAAAAUCGAAGAGAUCGAAAUCUUGAGGAUAUUAAAACUUCUUGGGAACCCAUAAGAAUACACUUUGAAUAUGUUGAAACUCCACCUGCAGAUUACAUUCAAUAGACUGAGACAGUUCUUGAAAUAAUUAAGACAUUUUUUGGAAGACACUUAUUGGUGAAAAGACAAACGGGAAGUUUGGAAUGGAAAUCGACAUAUGAAACAGAUUGGGGUCUAAUUAUUGUACCUGCUUCACUCCAGAAGAGUUAUGACAGUGACUUGGUAUUUUUUGUUGCACAAGAGACAGAUGCUGAUGCAGAAUAUGUUGCGAGAGCUGGACCUGUGAUUUUUGAUGAGAAAACAGGUAGACCAAUUUUUGGGUUGAUGAUAUUGAAUAACCACUAUAUGCUGGAAUUUUAGGGAACAAAUGCAAAGUUUGAAGCUGCAGUACAGGUAGUACUUCAUGAAACAAUCCAUGGCUUAGGAUUCACUAAUAAUCUCUAUGAUAACUAUAUCAAUAGUACAUCUGGUUAGAAAUAUGAUUUCACUGUAUACCAACGAGUGAAUCAACAGAUAGACUUACCAACUCCAAGGCUGACUCAGUUGGCAAGGAAACAUUUUGGAUGUUGUGAUUUGUUUGGUGGAACUAUGGAAGAUUAGAAUGGUAGGGGGACUGCUGGAUCACAUUUUGAAAGGUCUAUCUUUCACAAUGAUUUGAUGACAGGCUCCAUGAUAUCAGGCAACACUCUAUUUACUGAUUUUACAUUUGCCAUCUUAGAAGAUACAGGAUUUUAUCGAGUGACCAAACAUGCUUCUGAUGUUUAGUUAUGGGGAUUGGAUAAGGGAUGUGAUUUUUAUUAGCAGCAAUGCUAUUCUGAUUCUACUUAUGAGGAAUUCUGCGAAAAUCCAUACGAUCCUUCCGAUGAAAAAGAUAACGUAGCUAAUCAUUUAUCCUGUUCAUAUGCAUAAACAGGGAUAGGAUUUUGCGUAAAUGAUGGACUUGUAGAAUGUCCAUAUUACUAUAUCAUUGAGGACCUAGAUUGCAGGGAUGCUGACAACUAUGAUGCAAAGGUAUUCUAGGGAACCAACUUCCAUUUUGGAUAUGAUAGUAUGUGUAUUAGAGGAGGGUUGCCAAAGAAAGGAGAUUAUCUUUAUAUUGGAUUUAGUUGUUUUCAAUAUUCUUGCGAUGAGGAUCAUUAACUGAGCAUUAUUGUUGAUGGAACUACAUAUGAUUGUAGUGAUGGAGGUUCAAUUCCAAGUUUCGACGAUAAUAAAUAUUUAUAUGGAUUUAUGUGCCCAGAUAAUCCAGAGGAUAUCUGCUAAUCAAAGAAUGAAUGUCCAAAUUAAUGUAAUAAGAAAGGAUACUGUUUAGGAGGAGUGUGCACAUGUAUCCCUGGUUAUGCCGGAAGAGCAUGUGAAAAGGCUUGCACCACAUACAGAGAUGGCAUAGAGUGUGUUUAGACUUGUCCAGCAAACACCUUUGCUAAUGAUUUAACCAUGUAUUGUAUUGGUUGUCCUGCAAAUUGUGCAACAUGUUCGGCUUUAGAUGUAUGCACAUUAUGUGAAGAUACGCAUGAAUUAGUGGCAGGGUUUUGCGAACUACGAGUAUAUUCAUUAAUGUUAGUAACAAGUUUUAUAGCUUUGUUUUUAGCUUUAUGAUGAUGUUAUAUGUCAUUAUUUGCUGUAUAUUCAAUAUAA